GGCGGGAACCCACAAGGAGAACCCGGAUGGAACCCUGGCGCUGCAGGGGUGGAGGUCGCUGCGGACGCUUCUGUCUCAUCGCGCCUCGUAGCUUCCUGCUCGGGGAUCCGACCAGAGGAGUCGCCGCCCUGCCCGGUUCCGGCGCCCACAGGCUGGAUCCCAGCCCUAGCGGAGAGCGACCUGGAGCCGGAGACGGGCGCCUAAAAGAAGCCCGAGCAUCCCUUGGGCCUGCGCCCAGGCUCGGAGACGGGCGGGUGAAGACCGAGCGGAGUCUUCUUUUCUCGCCGCCGGCGUCCGUAGCUCGCCCGGGCCGCUUCCCAAUCGCGCCGUCCUUAAUAAUGCACCAACAGGUCCUACCAGUUACGAGCUGCGUGUGCUUUACAUGCACGCUUAAUCAUUAAAGCUCCCAACAACCCUGUAAGCAAAAUUCUGCAGCAUCUCUGGAAUACUACCUGAGAAUUUUGGGGUGCCAUGUCGAAGAAGCGAAAAUGGGAUGAUGACUAUGUUCGUUACUGGUUCACCUGUACAACGGAGGUUGAUGGAACUCAACGCCCACAAUGUGUAUUGUGUAACUCGAUAUUUUCAAAUGCUGACCUCAGACCAUCGAAAUUGUCUGACCAUUUUAACAGACAGCAUGGUGGUGUAGGUGGGCAUGAUCUCAAUAGCCUGAAGCAUAUGCCAGCACGAUCAGAUCAGAGAGAAACCUUGAAAGCAUUUGGAGUUGCGUCUCAUGAGGAUGCCUUAUUACAAGCAUCAUAUCAGUUUGCGUAUUUAUGUGCCAAGGAGAAGAAUCCUCAUACAAUAGCUGAAAAAUUAGUGAAACCAUGUGCAUUGGAAAUAGCACAAAUAGUUUUGGGACCAGAUGCACAAAAGAAGCUUCAGCAGGUACCUUUAUCAGACGAUGUGAUCCAUUCUAGAAUUGAUGAAAUGAGCCAGGAUAUCUUACAGCAAGUUCUAGAAGACAUCAAAGCCAGUCCUCUCAAAGUGGGUGUUCAACUUGCUGAGACAACUGACAUGGAUGACUGCAGUCAGCUAAUGGCGUUUGUACGAUACAUAAAAGAAAGAGAGAUCGUAGAAGAAUUUCUCUUCUGUGAACCAUUGCAGUUAACAAUGAAAGGAAAAGAUGCAUUCAAUCUCUUCAGAGACUUCUUUUUGAAGCAUAAGAUAGCACUUGAUGUAUGCGGCUCUGUUUGUACUGAUGGUGCCUCUUCUAUGCUAGGAGAAAAUUCAGAAUUUGUUGCUUGUGUGAAAAAAGAGGUACCUCAUAUCGUGAUCACACAUUGCUUGUUGAAUCCCCAUGAACUUGUCACAAAGACCUUGCCUACAAAACUGAGAGAUGCUCUGUUUACUGUGGUGAGGGUAAUAAAUUUCAUCAAAGGACGAGCUCCAAAUCAUCGCCUCUUUCAGGCUUUUUUUGAAGAAAUUGGAAUAGAGUAUAGUGUCCUCCUUUUCCAUACUGAAAUGAGGUGGCUUUCCCGAGGUCAAAUACUUACUCAUAUUUUUGAAAUGUAUGAAGAAAUAAAUCAGUUCCUUCACCACCAAAGUAGUAAUUUAGUUGAUGGCUUUGAAAAUAAAGAGUUUAAAGUUCACUUAGCAUACCUUGCAGAUUUAUUCAAACACCUAAAUGAACUUAGUGCAUCUAUGCAAAGGACUGGGAUGAACACAGUAUCAGCUAGAGAAAAGUUAUCUGCUUUUGUUAGGAAGUUUCCAUUUUGGCUAAAGCGAAUUGAGAAAAGAAAUUUUACCAACUUUCCUUUUCUUGAAGAAAUAAUUAUUUCAGAUAAUGAAGCAGCCAGCAUUGGAGCAGAAAUAACCCUGCAUCUGCAACAGUUGAACAGCUUCUUCCAUGGAUAUUUUUCUGUUGGAGAUCUUGAUGAGGCAAGUAAAUGGAUACUGGAUCCAUUUCUUUUUAAUCUGGAUUUUGUUGAUGAUGGUUAUCUGAUGAAAAAUGAUCUUGCUGAAUUACGAGCUAGUGGCCAAAUCCUCAUGGAAUUUGAGACCAUGAAGCUUGAGGAUUUCUGGUGUGCUCAAUUCACAGUGUUUCCAAGCCUGGCAAAGACAGCUCUACAAAUCCUUGUACCAUUUGCAACCACAUACCUUUGUGAGUUGGGAUUUUCAUCACUUUUACAUUUUAAAACAAAGUCCAGAAGCUGCUUUAAUAUGAAUGAUGACAUCCGUGUGGCUAUUUCAAAAAAAGUUCCUCGUUUCUCAGACAUCAUUGAACAAAAGCUACAGCUACAACAGAAGUCACUAUAAGCUGAUACAUUUUUUAAUGUAUAAUUUUUAAUAUAUUCUUAAUUUCAUUGUAAAAUUAAACUGCAAUGCUGAUUCUUUUUAUGGUAUACCAAAUCCCAUGGAAAAGUUCGGCUUGUUUAACUUUUCACUUUCACGUGAGGCAUGUGAAACUGUUCUGAGAAUAAAAACACAAGCAGCAGUAAAGACUAAGUACCACCACCUAGUUGAUACAUAGAAUUCUUCUAAUUCUAAGUGUGUGUUUAACCUGAUGAUGUGAUACAUAAAGACUCACAAGCACUAGACUAUCCAGCUAAAUGGUACAGUAGGCUAAGAAUGGAGCCAGAGAAAAGAGAAGAUUUCCCAGAACAUGCCUCUUCAUCUUAAGAGUAAAAGUUGAAGGACCAAAUGACAGACUGAGGCCUUGCAUCUCUGUGAGUGUUGUUAUGGGGAGGUUAAUGGGAUCAGAAGAGGAUUAUGAAAUGUUAUAGUGGGAGAACGGAUGAUUCUAGUUUACAUAAGAUUUACUUUUAAAUGUCUUCUUUGGAGUUAGUCUUACAAUGUCCAUUCCUCUAGCUCCCGUGCUCUAAAUAUCAUGACAUUAAUAAAUAUCCUAAUAUCCUAUUAGUCACUCUUUGUCUUCUUUUAAAUUGUAUCAGGACCCCAAGUCAUUGAAGCUGUUAAAAAGAAGAUACCAGAGCCUCACCCUAGAGAUUCUGAUUUAGCAGGCCUGGGAUAAGCUCAGGGCCUUCAUUCUUAACCAGCUUUCUAGAUGGUUCUGAUGGAUUCUUUGGACCUCUGGCCUCAUCUUAUUUUUCCUUUACCCCAGUUUUCUCACUUAUUUUACAUCUCAUGCUAUGUGUAUUGUUCUAACAUAGUUCAAAACUUCUGAAUAGACCAGAAUAUAAAUAAUAAAUAAAUUGGCAUGAAAUCACUGUAGUAAUUCAGGGCCAUCAAAAAAAUCCCUAUGGGAAUUUAAGUUAAUACACUUCUGGAUAAUAAUUUGGUAAAAUAUGCUUUUUAAUUUUAAUAAACUUACAUUUUUAUUUCAAAACUUUAUUAUCUUAUCAAAGUAGCAUGCUAAAAAAUGGGUCUUAUAAUGAAAAGCCACAGUUCCUUGCCUGCCCAAUUACUGUAACCAUCUCUGCUUUAAUUUUUUGUGGUUCCACCCUUCUGUGUUAGUAACAUGUUUAUAACAAACACAUAUGCCAGUUUUGUGUUCUGUUUUGUUUUGUUUUUUAUUAAGUAAACUCUAACAUGAGGCUCAAACUCACAACGCCGAGACCAAGAGUUGUGUGCUCCACUAACUGAGCCAGCCAGGUGCC